UUUAUUUCCCCUACUGAAACUCUGGCCUCUCCUCUCUUUUUAAUCUUCCUCUUUGCUAGCCGUCUCUCUCAACCAAAAUGAUGGGAGAACCGGUGAAUCCCAAAGCAUACCCAUUAGCCGAUGCUCAAUUAACCACCACUAUUCUGGAUCUUGUUCAACAAGCUGCUAACUACAAGCAGCUCAAAAAGGGUGCUAAUGAAGCUACUAAGACCUUGAACAGAGGUAUAUCAGAGUUUGUUGUAAUGGUUGUCGAUACUGAGCUCCUUGAGAUUCUGUUGCAUCUUCCUUUGCUCGCUGAAGAUAAGAAUGUGCCUUAUGUAUUUGUUCCUUCAAAGCAAGUGCUUGGGCGAGCAUGUGGUGUGACAAGACCUGUAAUCGCCUGCUCUGUCAUGACAAAUGAAGGAAGCCAAUUGAAAUCUCCAAUACGACAGCUCAAGGAUUCCAUUGAGAAGCUCCUAAUCUAAAGAUAUUAUGCAAUUCGUCUUCAGCGUGUGG